AUGGUGGAAGGAAACACACAGAGCGAGGCAUGGCCGACUACUCCUGCCGGGAAGGCUGUCGAGGCUGUGGAAGCUGCAUAUGACGACCAUAAAUCCGAGUUCGCAACGCCGAAGUCGAAAUGGCAGAGAAUUAUCGAUGUGCUGACAUGGACGCCGCCAUGGUGUCGAUGGGAUCCAGAAAAGCCGCCUACAUUCUCGGUCUGGCAUAAUGUUCUUUUCGCAUUUGCGGGUGCCUUUACUGUGGGCAACUUGUACUACAACCAUCCGAUUUUGAAUAUUUUGGCUCGGGACUUCAGUGUGCCUUAUGUGACGGUGUCACGAAUCCCGACUCUGAUGCAAGCUGGCUAUGCCACCGGCUUGCUGUUCGUAUGUCCGUUGGGCGACCUGCUGAAGAGGAGGCCACUGACCUUGGGCCUGAUUGCAUUUACGGCUACCAUGUGGAUCGGACUUUGCGUGACCCCUUCAUUCACAGCCUUCUGUGCAAUCUCCUACAUUUGUGCUGUCACAACAGUCAUCCCUCAAGUAAUGCUUCCCUUGGUCGCGGAAUUGGCACCACCUCAUCGACGCGCCCUAGCCUUGAGCAUUACCACCUCUGGUAACCUCCUUGGCAUCGUGGUGGCCCGUAUUCUCUCGGGCGUUGUCACACAAUUCACGUCAUGGAGAAACGUCUACUGGAUUGCCCUUGGGUUGCAGUAUCUUAUCCUGAUUACACUCUGGCUUUUUAUGCCCGACUAUCCCUCUUCCAACCCUCAAGGAUUGAACUACUUCAAAAUGAUCGGCGGAAUCAUCUUUUUGUACAAGAAGCAUGCCGUCCUCGUCCAAGCCGGAUUGGUCAGCUUCUGUAUCUCGGCCGCAUUCACGAAUUACUGGACUACCCUUACAUUUCUCCUUGCCGACUCACCGUACAACUACUCACCUGUCGUUAUUGGAUUGUUCGCACUAAUUGGUGUGGCUGGUAUUGUGAUGGGUCCGAUCUACGCGAAAUUCAUCAUUCAACCCUUCGCACCUCUCUUUUCUUGCUUGAUCGGCUGCGCGGCCAAUCUAAUAGGGAUAACCAUCGGGACGUACACGGGGAAACAUACGGUGGCAGGACCAAUAAUUCAGGCCUUCACACUGGACAUGGGCCUACAGAUCACUCAAGUGGCAAACCGCGCCGCGAUUCACGUGAUUGAGCCAAACGGGCGGAAUCGAGUAAACACUGCCUUCAUGUUGUGUACAUUCACAGGGCAGUUGACCGGCACAUCGGCGGGGGCAAAACUGUAUGAGAGGGGUGGAUGGAUUGCGAGCGGGAGUCUGAGCGUGGCGCUGGUGGGAUUGACGUUUGUGAUUUGUGGCUUGAGAGGUCCAUAUGAAGAGGGUUGGAUAGGCUGGCAUGGAGGAUGGGAUGUGAGGAAGAAGAAUCUGGCCGAAGCGACGAGCGGACCUGUGCUGAUUACAGUGCAAAAGUCGAGCACGACUGAUGAAGAGAAGGGGGGACGGUGA